GUUAAAUGUGUCGGCAUGCGGAUUCAGCGAUUUCUGCCGACCGAUCUGACGUACACGUCGCUGGUCGCAUCGCGAUACGUGUCGUUGACCUGUACUGUCAUCCAUAUGUCAUUGUCCCGUUCCAUGGGCUUGCGAUAUUUUGCACGAGCACCCGCGAUUCCUCGUCGUUAAUAUGUCCUGCUCUCUCUCCCUCGCACUCGACUUGUACACGUAUACACGAUGUCGCAACGUGUCGCCACCGGGACGUGUUUCGUCCGCGCAGAUUCGCCGUCAAAAUUUCAAGAAUUUCGUUCUUCGGCGGCAAUUUCGUAGAAUUCGAACAGUCGGAUAAGGCAGUUGAAGAUGGAUGUUCAAACAGUGUUUGUGUAUAUUGGGAUAGUAGUUUUUUCCGCUGUGUUUAUUGUAUUUAUAUUGAAUUUAGCAACAAAAGAGAAAUCUUUUGAAGAAGCUAUAGCUGAGCAGAGAAAGUUUCCUGAUGACCUGUUGUUAAGUAAAAAAGAUAAAAAUAAAGAAAAGAAACAUAAGAAUAAAGCUGGAAAAAAAGUGAAAGAGAAGAAAGAAGAGAAGGAUGAUAAGGAUGAUAAAGAUGCAGAAAAGGCAGAGCAUGUACAGUUUGAAGAAACUCCUCAAAUAUUGCCUCCAGAACCACCAGUCCAGGAGAGUAACAAAGGCAAUAAAAAGAAAGGAAAGCUUGAAAAGAUCAAACCAAUUCUCGUAAAUAAAGACGAGCCAUUAGCCAUUGUGACUGAAUUAAGUCCUUCGCAACCUCCCUUGGCAGAAGCUAAUCAUUUUGACAUCAUUCAUCCAAAAGAUGACCUUGAACUCGUACGGAGUCAUAGUAAAGAAAAUCUUCAGCAGCUUAGUCAGUCAGAAACAGCAGCAAAUAAGUCGCCAAAAGAUACACCAACUAGAUCGAAAAGGAACAACAAGGACAUAAAGAAGAAAGAUGAAAACGUUAAAGAUGAGAAGCAAGAGGUUAAUACUCAAGCUAAUGCAUUAUUCGUUACUAAUAAUAAGGAAAUUGUGAAGGAAAUAAAGGAACAGCAGAAGGAGACACCUGUUAAAGAGAUAAAAGAAAUUGUUAAAGAAACUGCAUCUAUUGUGCAAUCUGCAAACAAGGAGCCCAAGAAAACGAAGAAAAAGAACGAUAUCUUAGCUCAGAUUGAGGGAGAUGCUGUCAAUGUUCAACUUUUGAUGCUGUUUAUUCAGAAAGCAGAACUCAGUCGAUCUGAGAUACAAAUCCUUAUUGAUCAUCUCUUAAACAAACAAAUGGACAAUCCGUUAGAGCAUUCCGAGUGGACAGAAGGUCGCGCCGAUCCCGUCAUUAAGCUAAAAAAGCAAUUGGCGGAGAAGGAAAAAGCACUAACUGAUGAACAUGAGGCUAGCUUAGCUUUCCAAAAUAAAUUGAAGGAGUUACGAGCUGAACUGAAUGGGGAUCGAUCCAGAUUUUCGGCAAACAUCAGGCAACUUGAAGAAACGUUAAGCGCUAAAAUGACAGAAACCCAGACUUUACACACACGAAUGCAACAUAUUUUGGAGAGUCACGCUGCUGAGAAGCAAGGUUUCGCCAGACAAAUCGAACAAUUGCAGACUAAGGUAAAUGAGGAUGCCGCUAUUAUUCACAAGAUGCAAGAGGAUCAAGGACAGACUCAGGGCCACCUGCAGCAGGAAUUGAUCGCCCAACGGAAACAGAUGGAGGUACAGUUUGCUCAAAUGCGUGACACUGAAAACACAUUGAAAUCACAACUCGCUCAGAGAAAUGUAGAAGUGCAAGAAUUGCAAAAUGAGCUACAAGCAACUUGUGAGAGUAGCAGCGCUGAGAUGGAGAUGUUGCGCCAACAAUUGGGUCUCAUGCAAGGCCAAUUAAUGCACUCGGAAGGACAGUUGCAGCACUUUAAAGAAGCGAGCGGUACAUUGCAAGAUGUUGCUAGGCAACUCGAGGAAUCUCAUCGUACACAGGCGGACUUGGAUCAUAGAUUAAAAAGCGCGCAUCGUCAUGAGCAGGAAUUGCAAAAACAAGUGAAUUCAUUGCAGGCUGAAUUAAACCUCGCAAAAAACGAAGCCAGUGAGAUUCCGACUUUAAAAGCUGAACUUAGCAAGGUUCAAUCUGAAUUGAUAAAACUAAAGACUGAACUAUCAGCCACAAUGAACGAAGCCAAGUCGGAAGCAGCCGAAGUUACAGCUCUGAAAACCGCAUUGAGUAACAAAGAGGAUGAGUUAAAAAAAUCUCAAAACGAGCUCGGCAUAAUACAGAAGGAUUUUCAGCAGUCUAAUGCACAAGUCAAGCACAUGGAGUCUAAGUUGAAUUCUGUCCAAAAAGAACUGGACACUGUAAAAAUCGAAUAUGACAAGACAGAACGUAACUUGAAAGAAGUGAUAAACGAGGCAAACAAAUAUCAAAACGAAGUACAAAGAAUGCAAGAUGUAUUAACGAUCGUACAGACGGAUUUGGCUAAGGCUCAGGCUCAGAUUAAGGAAUCUAACGAAACUAUGAGUGAAUUUAAAGCUUUACAGACUGAAAAUAAUAGACUACGGGUCAAUGAGAAACAAGUGGAAGAAGCCCAAUUGCAAAUUACGAAACUUCAAGAAGAAAACGAUAGACUGCGUGCCGAGCUUACGAAUAUUGUGGAGCAGCAGAAGGAACAACAACGUGGACAAGAUAAUAUAUCUACAAAUGUGUUAGCUGUAACUAGACUCGAACGUCCGGCAGCGGAAGGACGUGAGAAUGUGGAAGGCGAGAUUCAAAGAAAUACUUCGGAUUAUGCUAAUUUGGAUGCAUCAAAGGAGAAAGUUUUAUUAGAUGAAUUGAAGAUCCAGUUAGUACAUAAAGAAGAAGAGCUUAAUAGGUUAAAUGAACAGUUAAAUAUGUUACAAAGUGAUAUAAUUGAACAUAACAACCUUACCAGGCAACUACGAGAUGAUUUGGAGAUCCAGAAAUCCAAAAAUAAUGAGUUACGCACAAAGAACUGGAAAGUGAUGGAAGCUCUUUCUGCUGCUGAGUUGCGUGCCAGAUCUAGUGGUGGAAAGAGUAGCGAAGAAAUUAUACAGAAGGUGAAAGUGGAACAGGAGGAAAUAACCAAGGCUCUUCUACAAAGGAUAUUUCCAGAGAUUAAAGUAUCUGAAAAUACUCAUGAGCAGUGGCUCAAAACUUUUGAACAUAAAAUAUGCACUGUUUUAAAUGAAUUAAAGCAAAAAAGCACAAAUCAGGAGAUUUCUGAUUUAGAAAAACAGAACAAGAAUUUGCAAAGUGCGGUUUCAUGUUACCAGCAGAUUAUCAAAGAAACGGAAGGUAUGCUUAAUAAACUACAAAGUCAUAUAGAAUCCGAGGAGAUAAGGUGGCAAGUUCAAUUCCGACAAAAAGAGAACGAAGUGACAAAUCUUAGAGCAGAACUUAAAGAUAUUCAAACCAAACUGAAUGCGAACGAAAAGCUUCAGCAGAAGGCAAUUGAAUUAGAAACCAGAUUAGCCAAUGCUGAAUCUCUUACAGAACAGACUAGUGCUGAAUUAUUAGCACUUAGAUCCGCGCAGAAAACUGUUUCUAGAGGGGAGACUGACGGUCAUCAACUUGCUGUUUUAGAAAAACUACAAGAGGAAAAGGCUCGUUUAUCGCAAGAGUUGCAAACAGAGUGCAAUAAAAGAGCAACAUUGGAUGCUGAAGUUACGAAAUUGCGCUCUCUCGUUGAAACCAGUGAAGCGAGUUUAACACAAGAGAAGAGUCUUGUUACACAACUUCAACAGGAAGUGUCCCAACUCAAGAAUGAAAUUUGCGGUGGUUGUAGCAGCUCAGAACAGUCUAUGCUGAAUGGCCCACCUACAUCAGAUUCUCUGCAAUCCGAGCUUCCUCUAGCGUCUCAAACUCUGAUAACUACAUUAGAAUACAGAGAAUACUUCAAGAAUACAGAGUUUGCAAACAAUUCCAUAACCAAGCCUGUCAAUUUGGUUCAGUCUGAACAAGAAAUUGAGAACAACCCCCUUACUACAAAAUACUCCUCCAAAUCUUGUCAUAUGACAGAUCACAACACACAGGCUAGUCAGAAGCCAUUCUUUGGUCAGCAACAUAAAAAGCACAAGAAAAAGAGGAAGGUAAAACUUUUAAAUCUGAGACGGAGAAAAAUUUUCCUGGCUCGAUUAUUGUAUAGGUGCACUUCAGUUUAUUAUUGAAAUGUCAGACACAUUUGAUGGGCUCAAUAUUAUGCAGAAUAUUAAUCUCAUCACGAAGGGUAUAUGUCUCUUUGCAAUAUCCUCUAAAGAUGUAAAAGUAAUAUACAUUU